AGGUGAUCCACGUGCCUCGGCCUCCCAAAGUGCUGGGAUUACAGGCAUGAGCCACCAUGCCUGCCCUCAAUAAUUACUCUUGAAAUUUGUUUAAUUACUUUGUUUAUAUUUUAUGUAACUGUAGGCAUUUACUUUACAAUUCAUAAGUAAUAAGACUAAUUUUUUUCUGUGUUAAACUUUUAUUCAGAUUCUACUGACGUAUUAUUUGAACUUUGUUUUUCUUCUAUUAAAUAAGGGUGUUGGACUAGAUAAUCUAUAAGGCUCCUUUCAACAUCAGAUCUAUGAUUCAGAAUCUUUUAAGUUUCAUCAAGUAGAAUAAAAAGCUUAAACUACAAUUUAAAGGAGAUUCUCCUUAGAUUAUGCUGUGAGUGUAAAUAAGAUGCCAGAGGAACAAGUGAGAGAAUGAAUGUUACAACUUUACACCUACAUCCUUUUGGCAAAUGUUAAUAAGAGGCAUAGAAAUAAGAAUUCUAAGAAACUAAAAUGCAGAGUGUUGACCGGAAAAGAAGUUUUCAGAAAGAAAAGUAUUAGUAAUGUCGAGCUAGUACAAUAAAGAAGGAACCUUGGACAUGAGGUUAGAAAGCUACAGAUACAUUUCUGGUUUUAACUCUGCUGCUUAUUGGAGUUUUGAUAAUGGGUAAAAAUUACUCAAUAUGUUUUUUUAAAAGAGUAAAAGCAAAUUCAUUAUAAUUUGUAAAUAACAUUGUAUACCUAGAAAAGCCAAGAGAAUCAACUGAAAUAUUGCUGUAAGUAAUGAGAUUUCAGUAGGAUGACUAGUUAAAAAACUUAAAAAGUAAUGGUUUAUCUGAAGUGGUUUUUUUACUUGAUGGUCUUUAAACUGAAAACCUAUCCAUAUGGGUUACUGAAUGGAAAUCCUCAAACUUAAAUACCCUUUCCCCUUCUUUCUGAGGAAUACAGUAAUUCAGUCUUAUCUAAGUUUUAGUAUAUUUUGAAUAAGACACUUCCAUGUAAACUUUUUAAAACUAUUUUAAAAUAAAGUUGUGGCAGAGAAUACACUUAAAACGACUAUAAGGAAAUCAUUUUUAAAAAUUCCUUGUGGCUUGUGAUACUUGAUCUGUUACUUGGUAAUGUUAGAGAGGGUGUAAUCUGAUCUUUGAGCCUUAUUUGGUAAAUAAUAAUUUUGUGUGGAACCUACUGUUCUAUCAGUAAGAGGAAAAUUAUUGCCCAUAUAUAAGGCUUUUCUUUGCCCUUAAAACAUUCCCUGACUUAAAGACCAAAUUAUGUCAUGCAUUGAUUGCUUGUAUGUUUUUUUAAAAAGCAUUAUACUGGAUCUAUAUAUAACUUUUUAACAAGAGGUGUGUUGACAGAAGUAUUUUAUACUUUACUUGGAAGGAGAAGAAUUCCAUGUCGUCUUGUUUACUACUGACUCUUUUUAUAUCCUAAAUAUAAAUUGUUACAUUUUUAUUUAUCAUCAGCUCUCAAAAUUGACCUCUCUCAUAUACUCACUUUGUGGCUAUUCUGGAAGAUAAUCAGUUAUAUGUCUUAGAAUGUGAUUAUAGUUGAAUUAUUUAAACUGAAAGCCUGCUACCUAGUUGUUUGCUUUAGCAUUUGUGAAAACGAAAACUUAAGUAUACCCAUAUGUUUAGAACAGGAAAAUAUGUUACAUUCUUUAAUAAUGCAGAAAAAUAUACUGAAUGCCUAUAUGUGCCACACUGUUAGGUGCUUUACAUACACUUUAGCUAAAUCUCAUGGACAGUACAGCAGGGUGGGUAGUGAUAUUCCAUUUAAUAGAAGGGAGAUUUCUGCAGUUUAAAUUCAAGGCCAUACUGAAGUCAGAUCUGAACUUAGACUUCUGUCUCGCAGAAUUCUUUGUCCUAUAAUGUGCCAUCACAAUAGAUGGGAAAUUUAUAUUUUCACAAAAACUACUUUUACUCUGUUUUGCUGUUUAUAUUGCUAGUUACUGGAAAUGCAGGGAGUUCAGUGUUUGGAUCUUUGUCUUCACUACUUUUUUUUUGUCCUAGUAUAAUUUUCACAAUAUCUAUGAUCAUUUGAGAGUAGAGGAAAAUUCUAUUUAUUUUGACUCCUGUGGGAUUAGUUUCUUAGAGAAAUUCCUAAGGGUACCAGCCUACCAAGCAUAAGGACAUCAUUUCCAGGUUUAGUAAUCAAAUAGUACAAAUUCUACCAUUUGUAAUAUCUUAUCAUUUCUGUAACCUUCAUAGUUGCAGGUUUGUUUUUGGUUUUUGUUUUAUAUGGCCCUAACAAAAAUUUUUUUUAAAAAAAAUCCAUUGAAUCUAUUUUGGUAAUGGAAAAAAAAGAUUUUCCAGUGCGGUUUAAGAACCACAUCUUAUGAGCUGUUCUUUGCCUCCCUCUUUAAGAAUUACCAAGUAUUUUUAAAAAUUGGAACUUAACAUUUAGUUCAUUGCUUGGAUAUAUCUAAAGCAUUUCUUUACAAACCCCUGGGAAUUGAUCGUAGGAAAUCAGGGGAGCAUUUAGAAGAUGAUUGGAAAUACGAUAGUGAAAGGCAAGAGCAAAAUGACCUGAAAAUGAGGACUUUACAUUUCCAAUUUUGGAUUUUGUUGUUUUUCUCUUUCUGUUAGAGUUACUCUGUGGUCUCCUGUUGGACAGUCUGUUGCUAAAAGCCAUUAGAGAUUUCAUAAAAACUACUGUUUUGAGUUGCUGGAAUUGAGAGUCCAGAAUAACGUUGGGUAGGUUAAAAUAAUGACUUAAGUAAACCGCAUCCUUGGUAACUUGCAAUUUAAGAGACCCACUUUCCCUUCAGAAUAUUUUAUGUGAGACUUUGGGGACUACCUUACUUCUAUUACAUCUCAUAAUGUUAUCUGGUCACAUUUCUUGUUCUGUCUACCUCUAGUUUACUCUAGUUUCUCUUCUGCUUUCAAGGCUCCAGACCCAGUUCCUGGACCUGCCCUGGAAAAGAAGUAUCCUGUAGAGAUGAGCUCACUGCAGUUACUUAAUUAACAAUUUGUAAGCUGCAAAAAUGGCAAUGGGCCAACCAAGAACAGCUACAAUUUGAAUUUUUCUAUUUCCAGAAAAUGCUUGGACAGAAGAGAUGAGUACUAUUUCCACUAAGGCCUAGAAUUGCCUACUGUACAAAUAGUCUUGAUCAGGCAAUAUACGAAUGGCCCAAGGAAGCCACCAAAUUGAUUUUCAGGUUUUACAUGACCUGCGACAAAAAUUCCCUGAAGUACCUGAAGUUGUUGUAUCCAGGUGCAUGUUACAGAAUAAUAAUAACCUGGAUGCCUGCUGUGCUGUUCUCUCUCAGGAGAGUACAAGAUAUCUUUAUGGUGAAGGAGACUUGAAUUUUUCAGAUGAUUCUGGAAUUUCUGGUCUACGCAAUCACAUGACUUCUCUCAACUUGGACUUGCAAUCACAGAACAUUUACCACCAUGGAAGAGAAGGAAGUAGGAUGAAUGGAAGUAGGACUCUAACGCACAGCAUUAGUGAUGGACAACUUCAAGGUGGCCAGUCCAAUAGUGAACUAUUUCAGCAGGAGCCACAGACAGCACCAGCUCAAGUUCCUCAAGGCUUUAAUGUUUUUGGAAUGUCCAGUUCUUCUGGUGCUUCAAAUUCAGCACCACAUCUUGGAUUUCACUUAGGCAGCAAAGGAACAUCUAGCCUUUCUCAACAAACUCCCAGAUUUAAUCCCAUUAUGGUAACUUUAGCCCCAAAUAUCCAGACUGGUCGUAAUACUCCUACAUCUUUGCACAUACAUGGUGUACCUCCACCUGUACUUAACAGUCCACAGGGAAAUUCUAUCUAUAUUAGGCCUUACAUUACAACUCCUGGUGGUACAACUCGACAGACACAACAGCAUUCUGGCUGGGUAUCUCAGUUUAAUCCCAUGAACCCUCAGCAAGUUUAUCAACCUUCACAGCCUGGUCCCUGGACUACUUGUCCUGCAUCUAAUCCUCUGUCACAUACCUCAUCUCAGCAGCCAAAUCAGCAAGGCCACCAGACCUCUCAUGUCUACAUGCCAAUCAGUUCACCUACUACUUCACAACCACCCACCAUUCAUUCAUCUGGUAGCUCACAGUCUUCUGCCCAUAGCCAAUAUAACAUUCAGAAUAUUUCAACAGGACCUCGAAAAAACCAGAUUGAAAUCAAACUUGAACCCCCGCAAAGAAAUAAUUCUUCAAAACUGCGUUCUUCUGGACCUCGAACCUCCAGCACUUCCUCUUCAGUCAAUAGCCAAACCUUAAACAGAAAUCAGCCCACUGUUUACAUAGCUGCCAGCCCCCCAAAUACGGAUGAGCUGAUGUCCCGUAGUCAACCUAAGGUCUAUAUUUCAGCUAAUGCCACCACAGGAGAUGAACAGGUCAUGCGGAAUCAGCCCACACUCUUCAUAUCCACAAACUCUGGAGCAUCUGCUGCCUCCAGGAACAUGUCUGGGCAAGUGAGCAUGGGUCCUGCCUUUAUUCAUCACCAUCCUCCCAAAAGUCGAGCAAUAGGCAAUAACUCUGCAACUUCUCCUCGAGUGGUAGUCACUCAGCCCAAUACAAAAUACACUUUCAAAAUUACAGUUUCUCCCAAUAAACCCCCUGCAGUUUCACCAGGGGUAGUGUCCCCUACCUUUGAACUUACAAAUCUUCUAAAUCAUCCUGAUCAUUAUGUAGAAACCGAGAAUAUUCAGCACCUCACGGACCCUACGUUAGCACAUGUGGAUAGAAUAAGUGAAACACGGAAACUGAGUAUGGGAUCUGACGAUGCUGCCUACACACAAGCUCUAUUGGUACACCAGAAGGCCAGAAUGGAACGACUUCAAAGAGAACUUGAGAUUCAAAAGAAAAAGCUGGAUAAAUUAAAAUCUGAGGUUAAUGAAAUGGAAAAUAAUCUAACUCGAAGGCGCCUGAAAAGAUCAAAUUCUAUAUCCCAAAUACCUUCCCUCGAAGAAAUGCAGCAGUUGAGAAGUUGUAAUAGACAACUCCAGAUUGACAUUGACUGCCUAACCAAAGAAAUUGAUCUUUUUCAAGCCCGAGGACCGCAUUUUAAUCCCAGUGCUAUCCAUAACUUUUAUGACAAUAUUGGAUUUGUAGGUCCUGUGCCACCAAAACCCAAAGAUCAAAGGUCCAUCAUCAAAACACCAAAGACUCAAGACACAGAAGAUGAUGAGGGAGCUCAGUGGAAUUGUACUGCCUGUACUUUUUUGAACCAUCCAGCCUUAAUUCGCUGUGAACAGUGUGAGAUGCCCAGGCAUUUCUGAGCCAAAUGGCCCUGUAUCUUCUCUAAAACCACAUCUAAAUUUCAAGAAACUUGUCUGUCAUCGGGAAAAAGUUUCACUGCUACAUAGGAUUUUGUCAAAUUGAAGGUGUGACAAGAUGGUGUUGUGCUAAUGUUAAAUGUCAGUCCACAGAGCUAAUAAUACCUCAGUAUAAUGUCAUGAGCAGUUGAAAUUCAUCACAUGAAAAGUAAUCUGCUAAAAGACUUGGUUGCCCACUGCCUAACUGUGUACAGUGUUACCAGUAUCCUAUUAUGGAUAAUUCUCAAUAUGUUAACGCCUAGGUGUUCCCAUUACUUUUUUCCCCUCAUGUCACUACUGAAUUUUGACAGGAGGAAGGAAUAGAAUGAUAGCUUGUUUUAUUUGUAAAGCUUUCAGUGAAACACUACAUACAUGAAGAAAAGGAACAAGGUUUAACUAUUUAAGAACUGUUUGCUGCCGCAUAGUGCCAUUGGAUAGGGGAAGAACUUCAGAAAUCUGUGGUACUCUUGGCCUUGUCUUUGUCUUCCCUGAACACGUCUCCACUCUGUGAAGCCAGCAUCUAGGGGCUAAAGAUGCAAAGGAAAGCAGCAUGCAUUGUCUGUACAAAUGUGCAGUGAAAUACCCCCAAAGCUUUUCCUACUGUACAGAUCUCUCGAGUCUGCUUUAAGUGAUUUCUUUUCUUCUUGAUUAUUUUCUUAUAUUUCUAUAUGUAUAGUGUAAUAGCCUUUUGUUAACUAAUUUUCUUUUUUCCUUUUAGUAAUUAAGCACGAUCAUGUCCCUUUUUACGCCUUACCUGAGAGGAACAAUGCCUUAAAAUAAAAAAGCAUUAAUGAGAUGAAACUAUGCACAGAAUAACUUUCCUCUACUUAUUCUGUACUUUGCCCUUAUGAGUUCCAAUGUUGUGUGAAGACAGGGAGAUGCUGCACAGUGAAUUGCAGAUGAUAUUACAGAAGUGAUGUCUGUAGGUCACAUUAAAUACUGACUUGAGCAGUGGGUGACACAACACAGUGUUUUGUCUUCCACAGGGAAGCUUAAAACAAAAGAUAUUUUUAACCCACUGACAGAACAACAAGGUUAAACUUCAUCUGCUUGGUGUCCCACAGAACUUGCACAAGCGAUUGUUAUUGGGAAAGUACAGUCUCAAAACCACCAACAGCAGCAGUACCUGCAGCCCUUUUUUUGGAGAGAAGUUUAAAUGCUUUACUGUUGGGGCAGUCCAUUUCUAAUCCUGACUUGGUGACAGUAUCAUGUGUAUUUAUAAAACAAGGCUAGCCAUAUUUAGGACAACCGAAGAAAAGCUGGAAAAAAAGAAAAACAAGCAAACUUGAACACUGAAGCAACCUCAAGCAUCUCUUUAUUUUGAUGAUAUAUUUUUGUAAGGAAAAUAAAUAUUCAGAUGAUCAGGAAUGUAUAUAACUAAAUGAAAUCAAGAAAAAAUAACAGUAUGCAUUUAAAAGGACAGAAUUAUGAAAUUAUAUGAGUGCUUAGAAUGGGGCUAAGGGAAGUGCUGAAAUAGAGCAAAGGAUGGAAGAUAAUAUAGACUAUCACCCACUGUAAAUGUUUGCAAGUGGCUGUGUUUUAAAUGGGAUUAUUAAAGUUGAUCUCUAUGAAUGUCAGAGCCUUAACUUUCAGGCUUUGCAUUUUGUAUAUGGGAAGAAAUAAGACAAUCCUAGGUAAUUAAACCGUAGACCCAAAGCCCUUAGGUUUGAUGCAUUUUAUUUUAAAAAUAGGCCUUGUUUUUCAGCUUCAUCUGCAGUUCUAUGUGAAGAUUGAUAAAUCAGUUUUUACUUGUUUUAUUAAUAAAACGUAAUUUGGAUAUCUUGAGUUGAUGGUUUUGUGAUUUAGCUGGGUAAACUAUCUUUGUAACAGAUAAGUUAUUUAUAAAAAUUAAAAAACUUAUAUUCUAAUGUG